AUGUCGUCGCCAGUGGGUGAUCCAUCUCAGGCCCCCGUCCAUCACGCGGACGAAGACGACCCUAUGCAGGGGAACGAGGUUGACGAUAAUGCUGCAGCAGGCGUCUCCGACGACAGCUCAGAGGAGCCUGAAGAGGAUGAAGAAGAGGAGAGAAAGAUUCGGGAAGGCUUCAUUGUUGAUGAAGUUGAGGACGAGGAUGAGAUGGACGAAGAGGAAGAGAGGCGUAGGCGACGAAAGCGACGAAAGCGACACCACAGACGCCACCGAGAAGAAGAGGAAGCUCUGGAAGAAGACGACCUCGAACUCCUCGAGGAAAAUACAGGUGCCUCUUUCUCUCGAAAUAGGCUGACUCGUCUUCGGCGCGCUAGGGAUUCAGCGUCCCCACCUGCUCCAUCUACAUCUAGGCGGAAACAUGUUGUGGAGUCUUCAGACGACGACCUUGACAAUGAUGACCUAGACCUUCCUCAAGUCCAGGACAUACAAAAAAUUUGGGACGAUGAGGGGAACGUGGGGGGUUUGGACGAGGUGGAUGAAGGGGACGAUGAUAUGGACAACUUUAUCGAGUAUGAGGAUGAGGAAGAGCCCGGAGGCGCGAUGGAUGAAGAGGAACGAGAAGAAAGGAGACAAGAAAGGAGGAGGUUGGAAAAGGCGCGCCGCAAAGCAAUGGGUAGACCUGAACUGGCAGGAAUUGAUGCGAAUGCUUGGGAGGAGAUUCACGAAGUUUUCGGCGACGGUCAUGAUUACGAUUGGGCACUCAUGGCUGAUGACGAAGCGGCGAUUGACGAGGAACAACAAAAGCCGGAGAUGAAAUAUCAGGAUGUUUUCGAGCCUUCAGAGAUACGUGCCCGAAUGCUGACGGAAGACGAUGAUCUUAUACGUGCCCAAGAUAUUCCAGAGAGAAUGCAACUGGCAACGUCCUCGUUGUCAGAUUCGUCGACGUUAUCGUUGCACAAGCCGUUGACCGAGAACGACCUGGAUGACGCGGCUUCUUGGGUGAUCACACGUCUAUCUCCGCGGAAAGAACGCGACUUCUUUCGUGCAGAUGGGGUUUAUCAUCGAUAUUUGCCAGACCUUGUUCAAGCAAUCUCGUGUGCGCUACGAUUUUUAUUCGUCCAGGAGUUCGAAGUUCCAUAUAUCUGGACCCACAAGCGCGAUUACAUCACUUAUUUCAAUCCGGAGGAGCUCAAAACGCAAGUUGAGUUGCUCAACUUGGAUGAGUUGUGGCGUGUAUACACUGUGGGUCAAAAAUACCGCUCGCUUUCGGAGCGUCGCAGCGCCCUCGACUCUAUGUACGGACGGUUAGGCGCGACGGACGAGUAUUUCGAACACGAGAUUCGGAAGCGGAUUGAGAGUGUCGAAAUGGUCGCGGACGCCACCGAAUGGUUAGGGAUGAAAUAUAGAGACGACAGCAAUAGCAGAGCGGCGCUUCGCUUUCACGAUGACGAAGAGCAGAUGGACAUCAAAAAACCCAAGAUGCCUAGUCGUAUAUCCGCCUACGAGUUAGCCAAGAAGAGCAUAAAAUUUGGAAUCCAACCUCAUGAGACUGUUCUCAAUUUUAUCUCAGAGAAUAAAUCACAUUUCGUUGAUGACCCGGAACUAAAUCCUCUAGCUUACGCGGAGCAGUUCGCCGAUCCUGAUGCUAAUAGGGCGCAAUCGCCAGAGGAAUUGCUUGCUCGGGCGAGAAUGAUCUUGGCAACUGAACUCGGCAAGGAUCCUCUUCUCAGGCAAGAAAUGCGAAAUUUGUUUAAAAUGGACGCUCGCGUUUCUGUGUUACCUACCGAGCGAGGUAUUACCAAAAUUGAUGAGCAUAAUCCUUACUUUAACUUCAAAUAUUUACACAAUAAGCGAGCGGUGGACAUGCUACGCACAGCUCAAUUCCUUCAUAUACUUCAAGCCGAGGCUCAACAUUUGGUCACGGUUUCCGUAACUCUACCUGCAGAUGCUAAGUCCACAUUCGAGCGAAGGCUGAAUGAUGCAUUUGCAUCAGACAGUUAUAGCGACACUGCUCGAGCGUGGAACGAGGAACGUUCCCGUGUGAUCCAGGAGACACUCGAACAGCACCUCAUGCCUAUCGGGGUCAAAUGGACCAGAGAAUGGAUACGAGAGGAAGCUGAAGAGUUCCUGGCAGACCGAUGCGCACAGACUCUACGCGAGCGAAUCGAUGUUGCGCCAUAUGCGAACACUGACAUGCGUCCUGGCGAGGCCCCCAGCGUCCUUGCUAUGUCGUGGGGCAAGGGAGAGCCUCACAAGGACGUCAUUACCGUCGUCUUCAUAGAUGAGGCAGGACGUCUCCGGGAGCAUACCAGGAUAGAUAACCUCGUCGAUUCGGAUAACCGAGACGAAUUCGUUGACAUACUCAAAAGGCGGAAACCUGAUGUCAUCGUUGUUGGGGGUUUCAGUAUUGCUACAGCGAAACUAGCGUCGCGUGUUAAGGCUGCCGUUAAGAAUCCGAACGGUGAGCCACUCAGUGAUCCUGCAGAUGCUCGGCCGGAGGAUUCCCUUAAUAUCCCCGUUAUAUAUGUGCUGGACGAGGUCGCUCGUAUUUACCAGCAUAGCAAGCGUGCGGCUGAAGAGUUUAGCGCUCUUUCUCCCCUUGCCAAGUACUGUGUCGGACUCGCGAGAUACACGCAGCAUCCGCUCAAUGAAUAUGCGGCGCUCGGGGCAGACAUCAAGGCUAGUCUUUUCGACGAGGACAAUCAACACCUGAUACCUACGGAGAAGCUGCUGUCUGCUCUAGAGAGAGUCUUGGUCGAUGUGACGAACAAGGUUGGGGUUGACAUCAAUCGUGCCGUCACCGACCCGUACUAUCAACACAUGCUGCCAUUCGUCUGUGGUUUGGGUCCCCGAAAAUCCCAAGUGCUGGUGAAAAAGAUUGCGUCUAUGGGUGGCAACCUUGUCAAUCGAGAUCAAUUUGUUAAGAACACUCUCCUCACGACGAAGAUCUUCCUCAAUGCGGCAGGAUUUUUGCGAAUCGUGCAAGAUUCUGAGCCCAAGCCUAUCAAGAACCGGCACAACGAAGAUUUGGAUGCCCCGGAUCCUCUAGACAGCACACGCAUACAUCCUGAGGACUAUGAGCUGGCUCGCAAGAUGGCAACAGACGCACUCGAACUCGACGAGGAGGACAUUCACGAUGAACAUCCCUCUCAUGUGGUUGCACUCAUCAUGGCUGAUCCAGAAAACGAACGAAAGUUGGACGAGCUCAACCUAGACGACUUUGCGGUCAACAUGUAUGAGACAAACCAAGACAAGAAGCGCCACACGCUCAACAUCAUCCGUUCUGAACUGUUGAAGCCAUUCGGGGAGGAGCGAGAGCCGUUCCCGCUGCCAGCGGCGGAGGAAAUACUUACCAUGCUCACUGGAGAGACCAUGCGCACUUUGCGUGUUGGGCUCAUUGUUUCGGUCUUGGUGCUCCGGGCGAAACAGCAUUUCGUGGCUGUUCGACUUGAUUCGGGCAUUGAUGGUCAUAUCAACUCGCAAUACCUUGCGGACCAUGCGGUUGGGAACCCGGGGGACGUUGUCAAGUCAGGACAGACUAUGCAGGGAGUCAUCAUCGAUGUCAAGCUUGAAUUGGAAAACGAUUCGUUCUGGGUCGAACUAUCAUCGCGACCUGCGGAUGUAGGUGCCGGUGAUAGCCAAUUCCGCCGGGUGAAGCAUGAUGAUGCGUGGGACCACGAGCAGCAUUCUCGCGACACUGAAAUCCAGGCGAGGAAAAAGAGGGCUGAAGUGGACAAGACGCGGCGGGUCAUCAAGCAUCCGAAUUUCCACAACUUCAAUGCCCAGCAGGCCGAACAAUAUCUGGACAAGCAGCAGCGGGGCGAUGUGGUCAUCCGGCCGUCGUCGAAGGGAGUGAACCAUCUUGCUGUGACGUGGAAGGUCGAUGAGAAACUGUUUCAGCAUAUUGAUGUUGUGGAACCCAACGCUGAUCCCACUGGUCAAACCGUGGGCGGCAAGCUCAUUGUCGAUGGCACGCAUCAGUACUCUGAUCUCGACGAACUGAUCGUCAAUCAUGUGUCGGCCAUGGCUCGCAAGGUGGAGGAACUGAUGGCCCACGAGAAGUUUAAGCACGGUGCGGAGGACGAUCUCCACCUCUUUUUGAAGAACUUCGUAGCUGCCAACCCUGCCAAGAGUGCGUAUGGAUUCACCCUCAAUCGCAAACGACCGGGCCAUUUCAGUCUGUGUUUCUUGGCAAACAAAAACUCGACUGUUCAGACAUGGCCUGUGCGAGUGACCCCGGAAGCGUACUACUUGUUUGAUACUCCAGCGACGGGUGUGUCGGAGUUGUGCGACGCAUUCAAAGUCAGACAUAUACACGAGUCGAAGAACCUCGGUGGGGGUGGGCUUGGUGGCAAGACACCGUUCGGGGCCCGCACGCCUGCGAGGACACCAGCACCCGGACAUGCCACUCCCGGACAUAUGUCGGUCCGGCAGGUGGGACGUACACCAAACCCUUACGGCCAAGGAAGCGCUCCGCCCCCGUCAGGGUUUGGUGCACCGACGCCUGCGUCGUACGCUACGCCGAUGCCCUACGGCUCGUCGUCAUACGGUGUGCCUGGGUAUCCACCGCCCCCGGCGAGCGCUGGACCACCCGGAGUGCACCCAUCGCGCGCGGGGUUGAUUCAGCAGUCUGACUGGGGCUCACAGGGGGGUGGCUGGUAA